CUUGCAAUGGAGGCGGUGGAGAGAGAAUUGCAGUAGCAAUUACACAAGGACACUUUCUUUUGAAUAGGCUAAAGAAUACUGCUGAAAAAAAUGAAGCUUGAAAUUGAAAUAAUCUCCGAAGAAAUAAUAAAGCCAUCUUCUCCAACCCCUGAUCAUCUCCAUCAUUACAAUCUUUCCUUUCUUGAUCAAAUAUCUCCACCAGUAUACAACCCAUUCAUCCUCCUCUAUCCAACUGAUGGGGAGCUCAAAUCCAACAACCUUGAAAUAUACGAAGAACUCAAGCAAUCUCUAUCUCAGGUCUUAACCUAUUACUACCCUUUAGCAGGACGAAUUAAAGACAAUCAUUUCGUGGACUGCAACGACGAGGGUGCCCUUCUUUUGCAAGCACAAGUGUCCUCCAAGCUCUCUGAUGUUGUUGAUAAUCCAGAGCCCACUGAGUUCAAUAAGUUGCUUCCGUUCGAACUAGAUCAAGCUCAAGAGUUGCCAUUAGGCAUCCAAUUCAACAUCUUUAAGUGCGGUGGAAUUUGUCUCGGUUUGUGCCUCUCACACAAGAUUGCAGAUGCAUUUUCAGCCUUGACAUUUAUCAAAACUUGGGCUGCAAUUGCUCGUGGAGAAGCUGAUAUAGUUCGCCCUGAAUUUGUCUCAGAUACCCUUUUCCCUCCCAAGAAUAUAUCAGGGUUUAAUCCAUCUAUUGGUAUCACUAAACAAAAUAUUGUGACAAAAAGGUUCGUGUUCAGCUCCUCUUCAAUAGAGUCUCUGAGAGCAAGAUAUGCUACAAGCUUAGAGAAUGAGCGACCACCUUCACGUAUUGAAGCUUUAUCAGCUUUCAUAUGGAGCCGGUUCAUGGCUGCAACCACCGUAGAAUCAGGCCGACGAAAGAUAUACUUGAUGCUUCAUGCAGUGAACCUGCGUAAAAGGAUGAAUCCGCCAUUGUCAGAACACUCUUUUGGGAACUAUUAUCGUGUUGCAAUAACAAUUCCAUCCGUUCAUCCUUCUGGGGAAGAUGAUCUUGUCAACCAGAUGAGAGAUUCAAUAAGCAAGAUUGAUGAAGAGUAUGUGAAAAAACUUCAAAAAGGCGAUGAACACUUGGAUUUCAUAAAGGAAAGAGCGGAGAGCUUCAUGAGAGGUGAGAUUGCUACGCUUAACUUCACUAGUUUGUGCAGGUUUCCUUUAUAUGAAGCAGAUUUUGGGUGGAGCAAGCCUAUAUGGGUAGGGGCACCCAGCUUAACCUUCAAGGAUCUGGUUGUUUUCAUGGACACUGCCUCUGGGGAUGGAAUAGAGGCACUGAUACACUUGAAGGAGGAAGACAUGGCAAAACUCAAAGAGGAUCAAGAGUUGCUUCGAUUUACAUGCAGUCAUUUAUCACAGUAAUUUCACAUGGAUCAGGGAGUAUACAAGACUACUCAACUUAUGAAUAAAUGUUAUAUCACCGAUUGUAAGUCUUAUAUUUAAAUUUAAAUUAAUAAAAUUUUAUGAAUGAAUACACAUAACCUCCUUUGUUAGGGUUUAAUCA